UCCGUGCAAACGUCCGCCCGUAUCUCUCAUAAUUACCAUACGAUCUUGAGCAGCUCUGAGGCAGUCUACGAAGUCUCAUAUUUCUAUAUACAGAGCUUCAACGCUAUAGGCAAUUCAACCACACAGAUACGACAGCAUCACCAUUAAAACGAGCCGCAACAGGCUGGCGUUCUCCAGAUAGAACUAACUGAGUGUGCAUCGUGGCGUGCUCUGCAGCAUCGACUAUAGACAAUCAAUCCGCUAGACAUGCCAAACGCAUGCCCUUUGACCCUCAAAGCAGGCGAGAGUGCUGUUGGCUGGGACCUAGGAAAUGGAGCCUCAAAGGUAUCAUUAGCGUACAUAAACUGCCAGAAUGAGGUGAUUUUGGUCCGAGUGCCUUUCGCCGGCAGCCCGGAUGGCCCGCACUAUUCAUAUACGCCACAUGACUUCGUUGCCUACGUGGCGUUAGAAGGUAGAGAGAUCAUAGUGGGAAAGCAGUCGUUAGACAGAGAUCUGAAUAUACCCCUUAAGACGAUGCUAAUCUAUAUCGCGGGGAUUACACGGAAGAGGAUACUAGAGGCCAUGCCGGGCGGUCGGCAGCUUUUAGGUGCCGUGGAAAGGGGGUCGAUCACGGUUGCUGCUAUGGAGAAAGCUGUCUCUCAACAUUUCUGUCUGUUACAAAGAUAUGUUUUGGAACAGGCUAGAGCUUCUAAGGUCAGCAUCAAGUCGAUCAUUGUGACGUACCCUAAUUAUUUGGCGUCGCCUAGCCAAUCAGGGGAUCUUGAUAGAUACUUGGAAAAGUACUUUGAGCUGCUGUGCCCUUUAUGGGAAAAAGGCAUUCAGUUCGAAACAGUGAGCGAAGGGCAAGCUGCCGCCACUUACAUAUGUGAGAGGUACGAAGAUCCGUUCAGCUCUUCUUGCCGGAAGAAGCGACAUGAGACGCUCUUUAAGGACCUCGAUCUGGACCUUGGCCUGAAUUUGCUUGUAGUGGAUGUGGGUGCUAGCACUCUGAACCUGCAAGCGAUGAAUGUCUACUUCACGGUAGAGGGAGAGAUCAUAGAUAGCACGUCAAACGUGCCGCAUGGCGCCAUCACUGGUGUGCAAGGCGGCAGUGAUAUGACGAACGACAGAAUCCGGCGCUGGAUUCAAGAUCAUUAUCUGCGACCGUUAAUUCGAGCAGGGCAGGUUAAAGAAGGGGAGCUUGCCGCUCUUCUGCAGGACUUCGAGGAGAAGAAAAGGCGGCUGAAUUACUUACAGUGCACAGAAAGCCUCAACCUUCGAGGCAACGAUCCGUAUAUGACUAUACCUAUACCCCCGGAGCAGAUCCAAAAGGCAUUCGCUGUUACCUUCGAAGAUGGUUUGAAGCUCCUCAAAAGGGAGUUGUCAAGAAUGGUACGACUUAAGAGAGACUUUUCUGUCUUAUUUGCUGGCGGAAGCUACUGCAAUCCGGGACUCUAUCGCACUGUAAAGGGAAUCAUGGAGGAAACCAAGCAGGAUGCGGUACCGGAGAACGUUCAAAUCAAUUACGCGUUUUUAAGGGAUGAGGUCUAUUGGUCGUCAGCAGUAUCUGCAGGCGCCGCAUUAGCCAUGAUGCGUUUACCUCAGGAAAGUGACCUUUUAAAGGAAGCAGCCAUUGGAAUCCACAUGCUCUGGAAAAAGAAGGGCUCUAAGAAGAUAUGGGAAGGCGAAGAUGAAGCACACGUCUUGUUCAGUCAAGGAUGUCAGCAGCAUUUCCAUGCUGACAUAGACAUCCCCGGGAAGGCAGACCAACGAAUCCAGUUCUACCUUGUCUGUCAUCCACAAUACACAUGUCCUCGAUCGACGUCCAUAUCAGACGACCCCAACGCAUCCCAGACUGACACGAUCCGUAUUGGUGCUCCCAAGACGGUGUUGGGUGGGCCUUUAACCACCUAUGACCUGGGAUGGUCGAUGAAGCCAACAGGACUCCGAAGUGGGCGCGUUCGCUUCAACAUGAAGGCAGUGGUCUCUCCAAGCCGCAGUCCCGUUUUCGUGCUUACGCGCUCUACUCUCGAUAGGUGCAAUCAAAUAGUGCCUUCACCUGUAGACAAGAGAUGGUUUAUUCGGUUAAAGAGCGACCCCCCUACCAAACUGUUGCAAGUGGGCGACGUUGACGAGAUGCCCCUAUUGUGCAGCCAUUGCGAGAACGAAAUCUCGUUUACUGUUCGCCUGUGUAAGACCUGCAAGGACUUCGCCUACUGUCACCAGUGCUUUUAUGCAGGAAUACCCAUCCCACCGGAACACGAAAACCACGACUGGUCGCUUGUGUCAUUGAACAGGUGAACAUGGAGAGUUGGGCUAUAACUAUGUUGGGACGCACUGCAACCAGCAGUGAGCGAGGUAGCACACACCUGCGAGUUGUAGAUCAAUGUACAGUAUUAACGUGGGUUAAGGACACUUCAAUUGGGCUGUCCGAUACUUUAUACAUAUGUGGUAUGAAGCAAAUAUCAGGAGAAUCUGAACAAUUCCUAAGUUCUAAUUGAUGCCAUCUGC